UCCUUUCUUCUUUCCUCCGAUUAGCCGAAAGUCGAUUUACGUGUCCCUAUUAGCAUCCAGCAAUGGGAAGAAAAUAUUUUUGUAAUUAAUUGUUUAAAAGGUCUAAAAAGACCGAAAAACAAACGAGAAAAAUACUUGUUAAUAAUCAUAUACGAAACGAAAAGAAGAAAUUCAUACCUACACAAGGGAAAUCUCAAUAGCAACAUACUAUUAUCGUCAACUAAAAGGUAGACUUUGUUGUUGUUUCGCCAGACAAAGUGAGACAUUAGGCUGCUUCUUCGUUGUGGGACACAUACGAGAGCGUACGAUUCCGUACGACUUGGAAGCAUUCAUGAGGGAUUUGCAUGAGGAUAUUUUGACGUGAUUGUGUCUUUGGUUUUUUUGGGAGUUCCCUAAUAUUUAGUGUUUUGAUUUGCAUCUGUUGCAUGAACUACCUAACCGUUUUGCUGUGUAAUCGAAAGCCACCGACAAUGCUCUCGCGGAAGAAAGACAAAACUGCAGCGGCACACAAAGAGGGCGUUGUGGGGAAAUAUGUUAAGAAAGAGACUCCUCCCGAAAUACCGGUGAUUAAUGUGUGGUCUUUCGAUGACCAGAGAACCAAGCAGAAGUCGAAAACUCUGCAAAGGUGUGCUUCCGCUUCUCCCAGCUGUGAUGGUGGCUCUGGAGGUACGCUGUCGGGACGUGGAAGGUCAGGCAGCGUGAGUCGCAAUACCUAUACGGACACACAACCGGAUUACUAUCAUGCACGAAGAGCCAAGUCCCAGUUGCCGCCUUCGACGAGUUCGAUGCGCUCGAAUCUGCCUCCACCUCAGACAAUACAACCUACACGGCGUAUGCAACCACAACUGCAGCAGCAGCAGCAUCAACAAUCACAACACCGUCAAUUUCAACAGCAAUACCAACCUGCUGUGUCCUCUCACUCGUAUUAUUCAACCAACAAUUUAGAUAUGGCUGGGAACCAUAACCAUUUGGCAAGUAGCAGUAGCAAUUAUGUAAAUAUUGAUCAAAUAGAUCGAAUGCGACGUCAACAGUCGUCACCAUUGCAACAUUCGCAAUCCAGUUACUAUUCGUCCAAUCAGAAACAUGCCAAUUCAUUCGAUGGGCAUACAAAUGUGAUGAGAGAUCGCUUGGAUUCGUUUCAUUUGCAAUUACCUCGUGGUGUUACACCUAGACCCCAGACACCACCACAUCAGCACUAUCAGCAGCAGCAACAACAACAAUCUCAACAUCCGCCCUUGGCCCAGAGUUAUUCUUCCGAGUCUUAUCCAAUCUAUGAAAAUCCUUAUAGAGUUUCCAAUACCUUAACUCCGCCCGUACAUGGUAUGUCUCAAAUGUCUUUAUCCACGCAACACGACAAUCGUUCCGAGUCACCAAUCUACAGUAAUACCACGUCAAUCGCCAGUAACAUUAAUCACUCGCAUCAUAGUAACCAUCAAAUGUCCCAUCAGUUUCAAACAUCAAAACACCUAUCUCCCACAUCGACUAGUUCUAUUAGCAACAAUAACCAAAUGAUGUCUUCGUAUGAUCUCAGUUCACGUGCCACACCUCAUAGCCAUGCUCAGGGUAACUCCUCCUCAUCGAUGCAGUCCCUAUAUCAGAACACAGGCAACAAUAAUCACAAUCCCUCUAGUGCAACUUCCUCACAACAGCAGCAGGCCCAACAGCAGCUACGUAAACAUCCCUCACAACAGUCAGUAGAAGAAGAACUACCCCUGCCUCCGGGCUGGGCUACACAUUACACUUUACAUGGUCGCAAAUACUAUGUUGAUCAUAAUGCCCAUACAACGCAUUGGUCUCAUCCGCUAGAACGCGAAGGUCUGCCCGUCGGUUGGCGUACUGUCGUUUCCAAUGUUCAUGGUACUUACUACGAAAACCAAUACACUGGUCAAUGCCAACGUCAACAUCCUUGCCUUACUUCGUAUUACGUGUAUACAACAUCAGCCGAACCACCAAAAGCCAUACGUCCCGAAACGUAUACCCCACCGGCGCAUACUCAUAAUGCCUUGGUUCCCGCUAACCCGUAUCUCCUGGAAGAGAUUCCGAAAUGGUUGGUGGUCUACUCGGAGGCAGAUUCGUCAAAGGAUCAUAUGUUGCAAUUCAAUAUGUUCAGUCUACAGGAAUUGGAAUGUUUCGAUGGUAUGCUAGUUCGUUUGUUCAAACAAGAAUUGGGUACAAUUGUUGGAUUUUACGAGCGCUAUAGACGAGCUCUUAUUUUGGAAAAGAAUCGGCGUGCCGAACAAGAACGGUAUAUUCAGGAACUCCAUGCAGCUGCUGUAAAAGCUGCUAAUGCCAAUCCCAAUUCGAAUAGCAGCAAUAAUGCCAUCGCAAAUCAUCUUAGCCAACAACAACUUUGAAAGUCGACAAUUAUGCAAUUCUCCUUCAUCCCCUCAUGGAAUUUCACCGUUAGUUCCGUGUAUUUGUAUUUAAUGCUUACACGUUACUCGUUGUAAUGGGGUUUCCAUUCAGAACAAAUAUUGGAAUUCUAAUAUCGCCUCCUAUGCAUCAACACAUCCUCGCUCAUUUACAGACUUUUUUUUAAUUAUUUUUUACUUUAUUUUAUAUAAUUCUAUUUUAUUUAUUUUUAAAUUUUAGUUUUUAUUGCCACAGUUCACUUUCUCUUUAUUAACCAAUGUGUUUGAGGAAAAAAGCCUUAUAUAAGCCUGGUGCCUUAUAAAAUAUAUAUGCAAACAUGUAUUUAUUUUUCAAAAAUUCGUAUACAGUUUCAAUUUUAGUUUGUUGUUUUAAAUUAAAUUAUUAAAAAUUUGGAUGAUGGUGUGUUGCUAUCGAUAAAAACAAUUAUCGAUAGCAACACACCUAAUUUUUUAUUAACUAAAAAAUAGUUAUUUAUAAUUGUGUAUUAUCAUAUUGUUUUAUUUUUUUUAUAAAAAUACGCCAACAAUUGUGGUUAUCAUAUCAUUUGUAUCCAAAUAAAUGUUCUUUUCCUUAAAACAUAUUUUGGGUGAUGCAAUUCACCUCUUUUUUGAAAA